AUGACCACCCCCGCCCCCGCCCAAAGGACCAUCACCAUUGGCACCCGCAAAUCCAAAUUGGCUCUGGAGCAGACCUACCUCGUCCGCGAAACAUUGAAAAAGGCAUUUCCUCAGUAUGAAUAUAAGGUCUUUUCCAAGGAGACAGCUGGUGACCUGAACACCACCAUCGCACUGCGGGACUUCACCACCAAGAAUCUGUGGACGGAAGAGUUGGAAGAAUUGAUGAUCGCCGGACAAGUUGAUCUUAUUGUUCACUCAUUGAAAGAUGUUCCCACCACUCUCCCCGCUUCCUGCAAGCUUGGCCCGACUGUCCCCCGCGAAGACAGCAGGGAUGUCCUCGUGGUGAAACAAGGCUUGCCGUACAAGUCUCUCUCCGAAAUCCCCGCCGGGUCCGUAGUUGGCACCUCGUCUAUCCGUCGCACAGCACAACUGGCCCGGAAAUAUCCCAAUCUUAAGAUCCAGGAUGUCCGUGGCAACAUCGGCACCCGGCUAUCCAAGCUGGACGCUGAAGACAGCCCUUACACUUGUAUCAUUCUGGCGGCUGCUGGUCUUCUGCGUCUGGAUUUGGCCGAUCGUAUCACCGAAUACCUGGACUCCAAGAACAGCGGCAUGCUUUAUGCGGUCGGGCAGGGUGCCCUUGGUAUCGAAAUCCGCAAGGAAGAUACGGAACUGCAGAAGAUGUUGGACACGAUCGGUCACCAGGACACCACAUUCUCUGUUUUAGCUGAGCGGAGUCUUUUACGAACUCUCGAGGGUGGCUGCAGUGCCCCGCUGGGUGUUGAGACUGAAUGGAUCCAGACCCCGGAGGGUUCAAAGCGAUUGCGCAUGCGAUCGGUGGUUGUCAGUGUCGAUGGCAAGGAGUGUGCUCAGGUAGAGCUCGAUGGUGAGGUCGCCUCUGCUGAAAGUGCUGAGGCCUUCGGCAUCACUGUCGCCAAGGCACUGGUUGCCGACGGCGCCGGGGCCAUUCUCGAGGCUAUUCAGCGGAACAAGCCCAAGGAGACAGUUUCCACUGUUGUCUAA